AACGCUUAAGGUUGCUUGCCCUGAAUUUGUCCUUCUUCCUAGUCGUAAGCUCCCAUGGCCGCGGCAUCUUUUCCGGACUCGAGCUGUUUCUUGGACCGGCACCUCCCUUUGGAUCAGGACUUCGUCAAACCACCUCAGCAACAUCGGACCCCAGAAACGCUGAAUGGAGACGCAAACAGACGAUGCGGCGGCUCAAUUGGAGGUCGUGCUGGAUGCCAAGCCUAGAAGGGACAAAGUCAUGAUUGCGCUGCUCGGGGUGACAGGCGCGGGCAAAUCCACAUUCAUAAACACAGCAACGGGUCAAGACGUUGUGAAGACAAGCUCCGGUUCCAAACCCUGCACGCAGGACCCAAAAGCAAUCGAAUUUCGACUUGACGACCGCACCGUCGUCCUCAUCGACACGCCUGGUUUUGACGAUAGCAAAAGAUCCGACGUGCGUAUCCUUGAGGAUAUCGCCACCUGGAUGGCAAAAGGAGGAUUCUUGAAAGAGCGGAUGCUUGACGGUUUGAUCUUUCUGCACCCCAUUACACUCGCCAGGGCGGGCGGUUCUGAGCUGAAUCGAACCAAACUCCUCGAGAAGAUCCUUGGGCCGGAUGUCUACAACCGCGUUCUGAUAGCCACGACGAUGUGGGAUUAUGUCGCUUCGGAGGAUUUGGUCAACGAGCGCUUGGAGACUCGGUUCGCCCCAGGAGGUGUUUCGCACGAGCUGAAGAAGCAGGGGGCAUCGUAUGUGAGACAUGAAAACACUCAAAAGUCAGCUCAUGAUAUUAUCCGCUGUAUCAUCGACAUUACCGACAAGUUUGGAAAGCCAAAGACUCUGUUGGAAGACGAACUCCCUAAGCAACAAGGACGUGUCGUUCACACCACAGCUGGCAAAACACUUGAGGCCAGAUUACAAGACGAAAUUAAGGUACUCCAGAAGCAAAUCUUGAAACAUCUGGACAAACGACCCCCAGGUUCAUACAAGAACGACGGUGAUCGAGAACACAGAAAGGAGUGGAAGCAUUGGAACAGAGAUCAGCAGGAUCUGAAGAAGCAGCUCUUUGAGAAGGAGCAGGAGCUAAAGAAACUGCAAAACAUCGUCUGACGAUCCGUUGUUGAAGCAGGGGAGUUUGUAUUCUCAUUCUUGUUCUGCUAUGUAGGGAUAAUAAGGCUAGUAGUGUAGGAGGCACCAGCCUUAGAGGCCAUUUAACCUAUUUUGACCGUAUUAUUGGUCCCAUUCGCAGUAUGUAGCCAACGUAG